AUGGAAGACGAAAACAGCGAAGAAGAUAAUGAGGGGAUAUUGACCAAUAAAAACUAUCUAGUUACUAAGAAGAAAGGAGAAAAGAGUAUGAUGAAUUUGCCCAACUUACCUGAUAGUGGUGGAAGUAGAAAUGAGAAGAGAAAAACCUUGGAUCAAAGCGAAGAGUCGAUCAGUGAAAAUGACUUCAUUACGGUUACUAGAAGGAAGACAAAAGUACGUAUAAGAAGUGAUUCAUUUGACAUACCCACAACCGAAAUUAAUAUGCAAAAUGAGGAGGUAGACGAAGAAAAAUAUGUGAUAUGUAUAACAUCCUCACAAAGUUUACCAAAACAGAUGGCUAUGGCUAAAUUAUUGCGCUCCCAUAAUCACCGCAAUAUUACCAAAAUAAAAUAUAAAAGCCCACUUAAAGUCUUGGUACAAUUCGAGACAUUGGAAGAUGCAGAAAAACUUAACAAUUGCCCUAAGUUUCAAGAAUUAGGUUACCGGUGUGAAAAAACAAGCAAAAAAAAUAUAUGUUUUGGAAUAGUGAGAGGAGUAGAUUUGGAAUUGAAAGAAAAAGAGAUAAUGGAAAUUUUAGAAAGUUCUAUCAAAAUUUUAGAUGUGAAAAGAUUGAAGAGAACGAACUCUGAAGGGAAAUGGGUAGAAAGCGAAACCAUUAGAAUACGAUUCAUGAGCACUUCUUUACCGGAGUAUAUAUAUGCCUAUGAAGUGAGAUUCAAAGUAGAACCCUAUUCAUUCCCUGUCACCCAGUGCUCCGCUUGUUGGAAGUUCGGACAUUUCAUUAAAUAUUGUCCAACCAAAAAAUCAAUAUGCCCAAAAUGCGGUGGAGAUCAUGACAACUGUUUGACCACCAACUUCAAAUGUAUUAAUUGCAAGGGAUCGCAUUUGGCCUUAGAUAAAGAAUGUCCUAUAUAUAUUAAAGAGAGAGCUAUCAGAGACCUAAUGACAUCACGAAAUAUGUCGUAUCGAGAAGCGUUGGUACUGUACCUAAAGGAAAGACCUAAGAGAAAAAUAUUAGUUAACACUCAAGAAACUGUGUCUGCAAACAGGGACAAGGAUGACACUUACACGACAACUCAGGAACCUACAAAAAUGGUAAAUUACGAAAGAACGAUGGCCGAGGUGCACGCAGAAGAUGAAGAUUCUAUUAGCAACUAUUCAGAACCGAGCAUCAUCCUUAGCAACACAAAUACUAAAACGAAAAAUAAAAAGAAGAAAAACCGCAAAGGAAAAUCAAUCUCACAUGAGCCUAUGGACGUUGUGAACGAGAACAAUGGACAAGGACGAGACACUCGAUGCAUCUCAGGAAACAAAAAAGGGUCGGACUGCGAGAGUGACAUCAUUCCCUUCAACAAUGAACGUAAAAUAGAAAGUUCCCACAAACGGACAACAUCGACAGGCAGUUAUUAUAAGCAAACGGCAACGAGCGCCGCAAACACCUCCGGCAAGUACUAUAUUGACCUCAAGGUGUAUCAAACUAAUGACGGUCGUGAAACAGACUCUCAAGAACUAUGGAGGAAAGCGCUACUACGAUUAAAACUCCAGACUGACGGUGACACCAUCCAGUGGCGUAAACUCCAAGCGUUCGUGCAGUCUGCAGAUGAGCUGUUCAUGAAGCCGCCAACGUUUCUUUCGUCUAAUGCAUAA